AUGAUUUACUUGGCAGCCCACACGCAACUCCUUUGCCAAACGAUUGAGAAAAUUGUUUGGUUAAAAAAAAGUAUUGUUGUUGGUGAUUUGGGUCUAAAUGAUUAUGCUGACUUGACAAUUAGGCUAGACGGUGCCAAGUUAGGGACCCAAACGGAUGCCAAUACUAAUGGCAUCCCAGAUGGAAAAACUCUCAAACAAUUAAUAGAUGACUAUAAUUCUGGUCAGAUUAAAAUUACUGCUUACGAGAAAAUUAUCAAGGAUGACCUGGGAUUUGACCCUGCCAGCCCGGAUUUGAACACCCAAAUAAAAAAACAUUUAGGCGGGGUAGAAUUAGCAGGGGUUUCCACAGACUUAAAAAAAUUAGUAGAUAGAUAUAAUAUUAGCAAUGAUUUGCAGGGCAAACUAUCCCAAGUAGAAAAAGAGGCAUUGGCUGCUCAAAAGGAACUGGAAAAAUACCAGGAUUUUGUUAUAAGUCUAAUUGAAAAUAUAAUUGAUUACAAAGAGAAAAUUGAAAAUGAAUUAUUGUUCGAAAUAAAUGCUCUAGGACUGGGUUUAAACGAUAUUACUAAAGAAAAAGUCUUAAAAGUUAUAAAAGAGUUGAUUAACAAACCCAAUCCAGAUACAGAAAUAGUAGAAAACUUAAGAGAAAAAGUUCACGUUCAAGAAUUAAUAAUUACUGAUUAUCAAAGCGGUGAUAAAUAUAUGUCAAAAGAAAUGAUAAGUAAUAAAAUGCAAGAGACUUUAAAGAUUCUGAAAAUACCUACUUCUCAGUAUUACCAAUUGGCCUCAGCCCAAAGUUUACCAGAGAUGGGAACUUCUUUUGAAAAACUGUUACGGGAAGAAGUUAACCAAAAAGAAAAAGCGAGGAACAAAUUGAUUAAAAUUAAUGUGAUUUUAGCAGUCUUGACUAUUGGAAGUUUGCUGACUUUGACUUGA